GACACCAUCAGACUGAUGCGUGGAGCCCACACUCUACGCUCCCACCAACCAACGGGCCGUCGUUCGUUCCCUCACCCCUCCCCCCGCGCCGCCGCCGCCGCCGCGCCACCAUGCUCCGCCUCCGGUGCUGCAUCCUCGCCCGCCUCCGCUCAUCUCCCGCCACCUCUCAGGGCUCCUAUCUCCACCGCGCCAUCUCUGCCGCCGCCGCCGCGCCCGUCAUCUCCCCAAACCCUAGCUUCGCCGUGGACGACUACCUCGUCGAGACCUGCGGCCUCACAGGCACUCAAGGCCUCCGCCAAGCUCUCCCACCUCAAAUCCCCCACCAAGCCCGACGCCGUCCUCUCCUUCCUCGCCGCCCAGGGCUUCUCCAGCUCCGACGUUGCCGCCGUCGUCGCGGGAGACCCCAAGGUACUCUGCUCCAGAGUGGACGGAUACCUUGGCCCCGUCGUCGCCCAGCUCACCGGCCUCGGUCUCUCGCGUUCUCAGACCGCGCGCCUCAUCUCCUGCUGCCACGGCAACUUACAUCUCACAUCCAUCGUCUCCAAGCUGCAGUACUACAUGCCCCUCUUCGGUUCCAUCGACAACACCCUCCGAGCUCUCAAGGGCCACUUUUACCUUAUCUCGUCUAACCUUGAGAGGGUGGUCAAGCCCAACGUCGCAACCCUGCGGGACUCGGGGCUGGGUGAUUGCGACAUUGCCAAGUUGUGCUUAGCUCAUACACGGCUGCUCACCACCAGUGUAGAAUCCAUCCGGGCAAUCGUGGCAUGCGCUGAAAGUCUUGGUGUGCCCCGUGGAUCUCGGAUGUUCAGGCAUGCGGUGUGUGCUGUUGCAUUCCUCGGCGUGGACAAGAUCGCCGCCAAAGUGGUGUAUUUGAAGAAAACCUUUAGGUGGUCAGAUGCUCAGGUCGGCAUUGCUGUGUCCAAGUUUCCACCCUUGCUGAGGAGGUCUAAGGAUUCUCUGCAGAGGAGGUCAGAGUUCCUCAUCUCUGAGGUGGGGCUGGAACGGACAUACAUUGCUCAUCGUCCGAUGUUGCUCUCUUACAGCCUGGAGGGCCGGCUCAGGCCCCGGUACUAUGUUGUAAAGUUUCUCAAGGAAAACGGAUUUCUAAAUCAUGACCGGGAUUACUAUAAUACACUCAAUAUCAGCGAGAAGACAUUCAUGGAGAAGUUCGUAUGUCCUCACAAGGAAGCUGCACCCCACCUCGCUGAAGACUAUGCCGGUGCUUGCAGAGGGGAAGUGCCCACUAGAUUCAGAAUUGCAUGAACAAAGAAUGGCAGGAAGGCUGUUAUUAAUUCCUAAGUUGGUGAUCUUGGCCUAACUGAGUGAUGGUUGUCUGCUAUAGUAUGUUUGUUAGAUAUAUAUGCUGAUCUUUUAUUUCUAAUCCAGGCUGAAACUGAUAAUUUGAUUUGUGAGUCGUUGUAUGUUCAUUACAUCAUUCAGUAGAGAAGAGCAUCACACUGCCCUCUUGUCUAUUCCCAUGUCAUAUUGACACAUAUAUUGCAACUAAGAGAGUGUGAGAUCACAGAUUAGUGCAUCCUGCAAAUGCUUUCAAGUAUCAGUGAGUAGUGUAUCUGCGCACUCUAUCUUUGUGUUCUCAGUGCUAUCCUUCAUCUCUUUCCAUGAAAGAAGGUUCUCAUUUUGGCCAUGAAGAUGAGAUGAAGUCUCAAAAUAUCCCUUUGUAUGUAAAUUUUGGACUUUUUUUUUUUUACUGGGGAACGAUUUUGUAUUUGUUAUGACCAGAAUGUGUCUUUUGACAAUCAUGACCACAGUGUGUUGAUCACUGCCAAGGAUGCAGUUUGGAUCUAGUAUGUUGGUUGCUGCUAUAGUUCUUCUAAGCUGAAAAUCUUCGUUUGUAAGAUAUUAAUUGUUGUGAAAGAUGGUCAUUUUUCACUACUAGUUUGUAAUUGUUUCUUGUUUAUUUUUCUCUUGUAAUUUUUGGAUGGCCUAUCGCCUGUUACUUUUCCUUGGUGCAUCUGAUCUGAAAACAGAAUGGUGCAGUAGCAGUGUAGCAACUAUGUAAUGGAAAUUUCAGGGGAGGCGGAUUGCUGCUUGUAUGGUACAGUGCUGAAAAGGGGAGGUCAUUUCAUACAAUAAAGGAACUUAUGUUAAUCAAGGUAACAUUAGAAAGGGUUAUGGCAUUAUCAUGUUAACCUCUGCCAUACCUUUUAGCUAAUUUUAUUCCAUAUUAGCAUUAUCUAUACAGAUGUUCAGGACAUCUUUAUCCCUUGGCAUGCUUUUUAGGAUAGUAAGGUGGGUCUUAUGUACCAUCCUCUGUUUUAUACCUUUUGCAUUUUUAGAUUCUCUCUUAUAUAUUCUUUAUUCUGUUUGCUACAAUUUCUUCAGAAGACAUGUAUGCUGAAAUUUGAGAAAAGAGAAUGAAGAUGUUGAAGACUGUUACCUUAGCCAAGAGAUGUUCCCAGAUAUGAUACCAAGCCUGGUAAUACAAUAUUUUCUUAGUUCUGCUGAAUAUCACAUCAUCUAUUUAGUUAAAUCUCAGUCUAGGUAUGCAAGUACUAACUUUCACAUAUAGUGUAGUUGUAGAAUUUUGCGGAAUUUCAAACACAGGAAUAGUAGAAAAAGUUGUGUACCUCAAACUAAAAUUUAAGAACCAAGCUAUGUAAUGAUGGUGCACAUGUGUUCCUGAUGUGAGGCUGUAGAUGUUGGAAAUGGAGGAAAUGAGAUCUCAGGCAUGUGCUUGCAGUUGCAGUAGCACAAAGGAGAUUGUGGCCAAGUGCUCUGGUUUGAAGAUCAUUCGUGUGCCUCUUCUCUGCUGCUUGUGGAAUUGCAGAAACAAAGAUUAAUGUGAUGCAUGUGAGGGACCAGUAAAGUGACUUACCAGGUGAGCAAAAAGUGGAGGGGCAAUAUGAGCAAGCUGAACUGCUGACGGUGCUGACUGCUUAAACUGGAUACAUACAGAGGGUGCUUCCUUCUUCCAGGGUAUUGACAAAGCCUGACUGCUAUGGACCUGCAUCUACAUGACUCCAAGCCUCCGUUGGCGGACCAGCUUCAGUUCAGGGUGAGGUUCGGGGCAGAGGAGGAUCUUAGUCGAUGCUACUCUAGUUGAUAAUGCCCUGAAGCUUCCUUCAGUACCGGGUAUGACCUGACGGCGUGUGAGUUUUGUAUUCAGAGAAAAAAACUCCUAACUUUCCUUAUUAGGAUUCCGCCGGCUGUGCAAUCCUUCCUUUUAGUCCUGUGCAAGGUGCCGUGCAUGCUUCAACCCACCUGCCUCAUGCCGGAUUUCAUCAACUCAGCUGAGUGUGGCAGCCCAGAUAAACAAGUAGAGUAAAGUUGCUUUUGAUCGGUUCGUAUAUUGAUGGGCUCUGUGCUUCCUCUUGCUUAAGACACACUCGAUCUUCCCUUCACUAGCUUGGAUGUAAACAAUUUGAACGAGUCAUGCUUGCCAUGUGGUACAAUAAAUGUUUGUGAGGUAUAAA